GAAAUUACCCAAGUUAUUUAUGGAUUAUACCAACGAUAAGAAAACCUCCGACACUGAGUAUCAACGAGAUGGCGCCGUGGAAGGUGGUAAUGUAAACACCUUCCGUGACGACCGACGCGAAUACUCACGUGGUGGACGCGGCCGCCGUGGCGGGGCCCACCAAUCGGACAACUGGCGCUCCUUCCCGGCCUCCGGCGACGGCGAGGGCGGGGACUACCGCGGCGGGCGCGGCGGCGGCUUCCGGGGCGGUCGCGGAGGCGGCCGCGGUGCCCGUGGCUUCCAGGACUCCUGGGCAGACCGCGAGACGAACAGGGGUGACCGCCCGGCGACGGAGGUUGCCAAGGAUCCCGUCCCGGCAGCGGGGGGCAACGCGGAGUCCGCGGCGCAGCAGCAGCAGCCGCCGUCGGAGAGCCGCGAGAUGAACACCGAUCGCUGGGGCCACGAGGACGACCGCGGCUACAGCCGCGGCGGCGGUGGCGGGUUCCGUGGUGGCAACCGCGGCGGCUUCAGCAGCCGUGGCGGACGCGGUAGCCGCCGGUACUACGACGCCGAGGAGGAAGGCGAUGUUGGCGGCAACUACUACAACGCUCGCCGUGGCGAUGACGAUGGCGGUGACGCCGGCGGUGAAGAGGGCGGCUUCGGUGGCGGCUUCCGGCGCGGCGGUCGUGGCGGUGGCUUCAGCCCCCGCGGUGGACGUGGAGGGCGCGGCGGGCGUCGCUUCUACGACGACGAAGGCGGCUACGGCAACGACGCCGCCGAGGGAGAGGAGGAGGGCGAGCGUGGCUACAACAACGAGGGAGGUUAUCAGGGUAGCGGAUUCCGUCGGGGUGGCCGUGGCGGUGGCCGUGGUGGUGGUCGCGACUUCGAUUACGACCGGCCGCGCGGUCGUGGUGGCCGUGGUGGCCGCGGUGGUGGCUUCCGCAACUUCCGCGAUGGGGACGACGGCGCCGAGGAGUCGGGGGCGACGCAGGAGAACGCCUGGACGGCGUCGCCCGAACCGGCGAGCACGACUCCCGCGGCGGAGGAGCGCCCCGUCAUCCCUCGCGAGGUGCCCGCCCCUGCAGUCGUGGCCCCUCAAACAGCUGCCUCCAUCGUGGCGUCGCGUCCUGCACAGGAGCCGCAGCAGCAGCGGGCGGAGGCGCCGGGGGAUUGGGAGGAGGCCGCCGCCCCGGGGCCCGCGCCGCCGCACGCGACGAUUCAGCGUGUCGUGCGUGCGCCCCACCUGCGCAAGAACUGCCACGAUGAGGCGAAGGUCGAGGAGCUCUUCACGCACCACCACCGCCAGGCCGGCAUCUCGCUGGAGAACUACGACAGCAUCCCGGUCGAGAUGGUGCCGCGCGACAUCAAGCCCGUCGAGGAUUUCGUGGAUUUGCUGGUCGAGCCCGCCCUCGCGCAGAACAUCGAGCGCUGCGGAUACAAGCGUCCCACGCCCGUGCAGCGCUACGGCAUCCCGGUUGCGCUGUCCGGCAGCGAUCUCAUGGCCUGCGCACAGACCGGCUCCGGUAAGACGGCCGCCUUCUUGAUUCCGGUGGUGCAGCACAUCCUGGUGUACGGCGUGUCGCCGGCGCGCAACCGCAAAAGCUACCCGAUCGCCCUCGUGCUGGCCCCCACGCGCGAGCUGGCCGUGCAGAUCUUCGACGAGGUGCGCAAGCUGACCUUCAACACGGAUAUCUUCUACGACGUGGUCUACGGCGGCACCCGCUACCCCAACCGCUUCGAGCAGGAUAUCCUCGUCGCCUGCCCUGGGCGUCUGCGUGACAUGUUCAACGAGGAGUACCUCUCCUUCUCCGCCAUCAAGUUUCUCAUUCUCGACGAGGCCGACCGCAUGCUGGAGAUGGGGUUUGAGGAGCAGAUCGAGGAACUUGUCGCGUCGCGCUACACGGACAUGCCCACCGUUGACGACCGCCAGACCUUCAUGUUCAGCGCCACCUUCCCGCAGCGCAUCCUCAACCUGGCCAAGCGCUACCUGCGCCGCAAGUACUACCUGCUCACCGUCGGCCGCGUCGGGUCGACGACGAAGAACAUUACCCAGACGAUCGAGAACGUGCCGGACAACGAGAAGAUGGACCGCUUGUUGCAGAUCAUCUACGGUCACGAGAUGAGCGAUAUGGUGCUCAUCUUUGUGGAGACGAAGAAGAUGGCCGAGGAGGUGAACCGCCGGCUGCACCGCGAGGGCAUCCAGAGCGCCACCAUCCACGGCGAUCGCCGCCAGCAGGAUCGCGAGGCCGCCCUGGAAGACUUCAAGCAGAAGGUCACGCCGAUUCUCGUCGCCACCGAUGUGGCGUCUCGUGGACUCGACAUCCCAGAUGUGGCACACGUCGUGCAGUUCGACCUGCCGCAGGAGAUGGACGACUACACGCACCGCAUCGGUCGUACGGGCCGUGCGGGAAACAAGGGUCUCGCGACCGCCUUCUACAACCGCAAUAACCGUCGCUUGGCGCUGGAGAUGCACAAGUACUUCACCGAACAUGGCCAGGAGAUUCCGAAGUGGUUCCAGCAGGAGGCGGAGCUCGUCGAGGGGGAGGCGCUGCUCUCGCGUGACAGCGGAGGUGGUCGUCGUCGCGGUGGCGGUGGCGGUGGCGGUGGCCACCGCGGUGGUGGUGGUGAUCGUGGUGGUGGUCGUGGCGGUGGCGGUGGUACCUGGGGACAGGGCCGCCCCGCGGCUCCUUCCGCGGCGACACGUCGCGGGGGUAAUUUCGAUGACGGUGGCUUUUAA